AUGUCAAAACGCACAACCUUCACCACAAUCUCUCCCCUGCCCACCGGCAUAAGCCGCGAGGCCGUCCUGGACUUCCUCCACAACCACCUGGACAUGAUCGACCUGAACCCUCUCAUCAAGGAACGCCACGUUAUCAAGCCACCCGCCCACGCCCCUCCCGAAGAGCAUUCUUGCGUCUGGUACUCGCUCACCGACGAGAUAUCCUACCUGCCCGGUGGUUUGGCCACGGGCGACGUCAGCUACACCUGCGCCUUUCACGACCUGCCCACCGGCCUGCAGACCCACUGUUACGCCCCGAUGGGCCUGGAGAUCCGGGAUAAGUGGACCGUCGCCGGCUCGCUCCCGGGCGAACCCAUCGAGCCCGUCGAGCUCGGCAUCGGCGCUCCGCUGACCGGCCUGUACUUGCGCGAAGACGUCGACAUGCGCUGUAACGUCUUCACCACCUCCUUCGUCAAGAAGACGCUCAAGAAGAGCCACGGCCAAUUGGUCGAGCGCAUAAAGUCCAAGAUGCAGCAGCAACAGCAAGCUUCUCCUGCGCCCUUCACCUCUUACCACCCGGCGUCCACGCAUGCACGUCACCACAGCCAGAACUCGCUGCACGGGUCGUAUGUCUCCAACUACCGUUCCAACAGCCCGCCACAGAUGCCUCCGGCACCCAACCACCCCGUUGCGAGCUAUGCGACGCUCGGGAACCAGAUGAGCCUGCCUUUCAGGCCAUCAUAUAACAAAUCCUUGCCGCCGCCGCCGCCCAACGAUGGUGCCCAGAACUCAUACCAGAACGCAUACCCAAGACCACUCCACAUCCGUCAAGUCUCCAGGGGAGCGCCGGCAAAGUCGCAACCCGGCGUCUUGAGCAACAACAACUGCUACGCCCACUCCGACUAUUCUAACUUCGCCACCAAUCCGUACGAAGUAAAGCCGCCGUCGCACUCGACCUCGUCGCCCUAUGCAGCAGGCCUCCCUGACGGUGACGCAAAACGGCAACAGACAGGACCCUUUGUAGCCGAGCUGGAAUGA